UGAAACCUCUCAGUCCUCAAAGAUAGACGGACUGACAGACAGCUGGCAAGAGGCAGCCUGGGGGACAUAGCUUCUUCAGUAAGUACUUGAAGCAUGCCUCAUGGCUGAAUGAGCCUCCCUUGGGCCCAGCAACCUACCCCAGCAUGGUCCAGGCCUGUGAGGGGCGCUCCAGAGCACAGCUGCCGACCUUGUCUUUGGGGGCAGACAUGACUCAGCCUCCACCCACCAAAGCUCCAGCCAAGAAGCAUGUGCGGCUGCAGGAGAGAAGGGGCUCCAGUGUGGCUCUGAUGCUGGAUGUACGGUCUCUGGGCACGGUUGAACCCAUCUGCUCAGUGAACACACCCCGGGAAGUCACCCUACACUUCCUGCGCACGGCUGGACACCCCCUUACACGAUGGACUCUACAGCACCAACCUCCCAGCCCCAAGCAGCUAGAGGAGGAAUUCUUGAAGAUUCCCUCAAACUUUGUCAACCCUGAAGACCUGGAUAUCCCUGGCCAUGCCUCCAAAGACCGCUACAAGACCAUCUUGCCAAAUCCCCAGAGCCGUGUCUGUCUUGGCCGGGCACAGAGCCAGGAGGACAGUGACUACAUCAAUGCCAACUAUGUCCGGGGCUAUGACGGGAAGGAGAAGGUCUACAUUGCCACCCAGGGCCCCAUGCCCAACACUGUAGCAGACUUCUGGGAGAUGGUGUGGCAAGAAGACGUAUCUCUCAUUGUCAUGCUCACCCAGCUCCGAGAGGGCAAGGAGAAAUGUGUACACUACUGGCCCACAGAAGAGGAAGCCUAUGGGCCCUUCCAGAUCCGCAUCCAGGACAUGAAAGAGCACCCAGAAUAUACUGUGAGACAACUCACCAUCCAGCACCAACAGGAAUGCCGGUCAGUGAAACACAUCCUCUUCUCAGCCUGGCCAGACCACCAGACUCCAGAAUCAGCCGGGCCUCUGCUGCGCCUGGUGGCCGAGGUGGAGACCCCAGAGACAGCUGCCAACUCCGGGCCUAUAGUGGUUCACUGCAGUGCAGGGAUCGGCCGGACCGGCUGCUUCAUCGCCACCCGCAUCGGCUGCCAGCAGCUGAAGGCCCGAGGGGAAGUGGAUAUUCUGGGCAUCGUGUGCCAACUUCGACUAGACAGAGGAGGCAUGAUCCAGACGGCCGAGCAGUACCAGUUCCUGCACCACACUUUGGCCCUGUAUGCAGCCCAGCUGCCCCCGGAGCCCAACCCCUGACGCUCCACCAGCCCGUGGGCCUCUCAGGCCUGAGACAGUGGGUCUGGGCAAGUGGGCUGUGAGCUCUGGCACGGCUUCUGCAUCAGCACAGGAAAGGGAUCCCUGGAAUACUUUACAGUCUCAGGAAACUGCCCCAGCAAGCAACAGGAGCCAGGCCACGGGUCUUCACCUCCGACCACGACUCUGCCUUCUUCGGUGGCCCCCAGUGGAGCAUGCUGGAGCGUCCUGUGGCUCUGAACUUACAGAUAGGAGCUGGUCCUUGCAAUGGAUUGAGAGAGCAGCUGGAGUGCUGACUUAUCUAGGUGCUUUCGGUGAGCUCCCUUCCUUGUCCAUGACACAAAGAGUCAGUCAAACAGAAUGUUCCUGAAAGCCAUUCCAGAUGUAGCCCUGCUGAUGGGGCUGCAGAGAUGGUGAUUGCAAGAUCCUCUUCCAUUAAGGCCUUGCCCACACACAGGCCAGAUGCAACAGCAGGGAAAAUCCUGGUCUGACCUUGGUCAAAUCCUCUCUAUCCUACAUAGACUGCUCCUCCCCAUACACCCGUGAGUGCUAGACAACCGGCUCAGAAGAGAAUAAGGGCCUUGAUUGGCCUGCCUCCAUACAUAUCAUAAAAGGAGAUGCAGAGGUAACCAGCUCUAGCAGUUGGGAUCACUGGAUGAGCCCAGGAGUGAUGAUGUACCUGUCAUCCUAGCACUCAGGAGUAGAAGCAGGAGGAUUGCUGCGAGUUUGAGGUCAGCUAGAUCUACAUUUUGAGUACCAGGCUAGCUAGGACAACAUAACAAGAUUUUUUUUUAAGGCAAUCUUGAGCACUCUAUUCUCUGGAGGAGAUGAGGGUUGCCUCUGCUUCUAUGGCUUCCUUCCUGUCAUCUGCCCCCAACCACUCUCUGGGGGAAAACCCAGCACUCUCUGCUUUGCUUCUGUGACUUCAGAGCAUCCUUUAGGUACCCAUGAAGUAUCAAAGAAAGAGGAGAGAAGAGACAAAGAGCUAUGUCUGCUUCAAGAAAACCUACCUGCCAUACCUCCCCUGGCUUAUAUUUCUUUGCAGAGUGCUUAUCUGGUUCCAGAAGCAGGCUGGGUGGUCACCACUCCAAGCAGCAUGGGGCUAAGACCUUCAGCCCUCCUCCUCAUCACUUCACACAAUUUCCAGGGAACUCGCGAUCUAUCUCAGGGAUGAACUAUGUAUCCCAGAAAGCCAGACAAACCCUGAGUCUUCCUUGACCCAGACUGGGCUGUCUGUGGGGAGGAAAACAGAAUACUAUCCGUACUGUCUGUCCUCAGCUCCUGGAUGUGCUAAGUGACACAAGUCCUCCAUGAAAACCCCAAGGAAUUGGAGGAGUGACUGCCCCCUUGCCUCCUGGCAUCUCUCUGGAGAACGGGAAGUGCUUCUGGACAUAGUGUGAAAGCCUGUGAGCUGCACUUGAACAGGGAAGACAGGAGAAUCAGGAGUUCCAGACCAGCCUUGGCGAUGUGAGACCCUAUCUCAAAAGCAAGCAAACAAAAAGAAACUAAACAGCCGGGCAUGGUGGUGCACGCCUUUAAUCCCAGCACUCUGGAGGCAGAGGCAGGCGGAUUUCUGAGUUCGAGGCCAGCCUGAUCUACAAAGUGAGUUCCAGGACAGCCAGGGCUAUACAGAGAAACCCUGCCUCAAAA